AUAGUCAACAAUUAAUUAAACUACGUAAAGAAUAUAAUGAUCAGUUAGAACUACAACUGCAAGAAUAUCAAAACCAAGAAUCGCUGUUUACUGAACAACAAGAAAACAUUAGAUACUUAGAACUCAGAGUCCAAGAACUAACUAACUUAAUCAGACAAAAAAAAGAAAAGAUAGUAGAUAUCUUCACCCGUCUUUUACCAGAAAAAGAGCAAGAGAUAAGACUAAUUCAAAGCUUAGUAAUUGCUCAUUUAAAAUAUACUAAAGCUAAAAAGCAAAAAUUAUCUUCAAUUAUUAACCUCCGCAAACAAAGAGAUAAACUUCGUGAAGAGCUAGAAGAAUUAUUAGGAGAUAGUUUACUGAAAGAAAUUGAAUUUGCUUUGGAUGACUGCGAAGAACUAGUUAUCUGA